UGAAUUCUGAUGACGGAUUGAAAAAGGUUAUAAACAGAAAAAGAGGAAAUAAUAGGCUGAUUUAGAUAAAUUAACAAAUUGAGAGAUUCUAUUAGUAACGUAUAAGAUAAUUACUUUAGUCACUUUAAUAAAUAAUAACAAAUUUAUUUACGUAAGCACCCGAACACCCGAGAAACCGCAACGUGUACUAGGUUAGGCCGUUAGUGAAACAUGUUAGUACAAUAUUUAAAAUAACAUGACUGAAAGAAAAAUGUGCAAAUUUUACAAUUUGAAUGUACCGGAGCGACGAUCUGGCGAAGGCGGGACGCAGAACCACAAUGAGGAGGACGAGCGAGCGUUGGAGGAGGCGAUCCCGCCAGUGGUACCCCCCAAUGAGCACAAACUUGAGUACAACUACUGGAUGUGGUUCUCGCGACGAGGUGCCGCCGCGCGCUCCGGCUACAGCCAGGCGCUCCGUCUGGUGGGUCGCGUGGGCAGCGUCGAGCAGUGGUGGGGCCUGUACGCGCACCUGGCGCGGCCGGCAGACCUGCCCCCGUUGUCCGACCUGCACCUCUUCAAACUGGGCAUCAAACCCAUGUGGGAGGACCCGGCUAACGUCAAUGGCGGCAAAUGGACGGUUCGGCUUCGUAAAACGCAGACAGGCCGCGCGUGGGAGGAUCUGUGUAUGGCCAUGCUUGGCGAGCAGUUCAUGGUUGGUCGGGAGAUCUGCGGUGUUGUGCUGUCUGUGCGCUUCCAGGAGGACCACCUAGCGGUGUGGCACCGGACGGCGUCGGACCGCGAGGCGGCGACACGCGUGCACGACACACUGCGCCGCGUGCUGCAGCUGCCGCCCUCCGUGCCGCUGCAGUACAAGGAGCACCCCGCGCCCCGCCCCGACGACGAGCGCUCGUAGCAGGUGCGUGUGUGUGUGUGUGUGUGUGUGUGUGUG